AGCUAGCUUGAAAAGGGGGCGGGGCUUCGGCUCAGUAUUUUAGGACCGCGCGGACAAGAACCGCGGCUUUGAGUUGUGUGACGUCAGCGCAUUCAGCAGGAAAGAUGGCGGCGGAGGAGAGCAGGGUGAAGCGUCGGAGCAACAGCAUCUUCACAGACGACAAACCCACGAUGACACGUGACCAGGAGGAAGACGACCUUCUGGAGGAGGAGGUGGGCGUGGCCCGGCCGGUGCAGCUCGUGGUGGCGGAUGAGGAGGAGCACUCGUUCUCUCUGCAGGAGGUGGCGUUGGAGCGGCUGCUGCUGCAGGAGGCGGUGCAGGACCUCAACGUCGUCGUCGUCUGCGUGGCCGGAGCUUUCCGCAAGGGCAAGUCCUUCCUGCUGGACUUCAUGCUGCGCUUCAUGUACAAACAGUGUGACUCGUGGGUCGGCGGGGAGGAGCAGCCUCUGACCGGCUUCACCUGGCGAGGCGGCUGCGAGAGGGAGACGACGGGCAUCCUGGCGUGGAGUGAAGUGUUUGUGGUGAAGAAACCAGACGGCAGCAAGGUUGCAGUUCUACUAAUGGACACCCAGGGGGCGUUCGACAGCCAGUCCACCAUCAAAGACUGCGCCACGCUGUUCGCUCUGAGCACCAUGACCAGCUCGGUGCAGGUAUACAAUCUGUCCCAGAACGUUCAGGAAGACGACCUGCAGCACCUCCAGCUCUUCACUGAAUACGGCCGGCUCGCCAUGGAGGAAGUCUACGAGAAACCCUUCCAGACUCUGAUGUUCCUGAUCCGGGACUGGAGUUACCCCUACGAGCACCCGUACGGUCUGGAGGGGGGGCGGAGCUUCCUGGAGAAGAGACUGCAGGUGAAGCAGAACCAACAUGAGGAGCUGCAGAACGUCAGGAAACACAUCCACUCCUGUUUCUCAAACAUCAGCUGCUUCCUGCUGCCGCACCCCGGACUCAAGGUGGCCACCAACCCGCACUUUGACGGACGCCUCCGAGAUAUCGACGAGGAGUUCAAGAAGGAGUUGGUGAAUCUGGUCCCCACGCUGCUGUCUCCAGAGAACCUGGUGGAGAAGGAGAUCGGAGGAGUCAAGAUCACCUGCAGAGACCUGCUGCACUACUUCAAAGCCUACAUGAAGAUCUAUCAGGGAGAGGAGCUCCCCCACCCAAAGUCCAUGUUGCAGGCAACAGCGGAAGCCAAUAACCUUGCAGCUGUAGCGGGAGCCAAAGACAUGUACAACAAAAGCAUGGAGCAGGUAUGCGGCGGGGACAAACCCUACAUCUCGCCGUCGGAGCUCGAGCGCCGUCACACGGAGCUGCGGCAGGCGUCGGUGCGACACUUCCGCUCGGUGAAGAAGAUGGGCGGUGAGGAUUUCUGCCGGCGUUACCAGGAGCAGCUGGAGGCGGAGCUCGACGAGGUGUACGCCAACUUCGGCAAACACAACGACGGCAAGAACAUCUUCUAUGCGGCGCGGACACCCGCCACGCUGUUCGCCGUCAUGUUCGUCAUGUAUGUGAUGUCCAUGGUCACCGGCUUCAUGGGCAUCAACACGGUGGCCACGUUGUGUAACCUGGUGAUGGGAGCGGCGCUGACCGCGCUCUGCAUCUGGGCCUAUGUUAAAUACUCUGGGGAGUUCCGUGAAGUGGGCGGAGUCAUCGACCAGGUGGCAGAAACUCUGUGGGAACAGAGGACUCCACGAAAGGUUUUCUCCAAACUCUUCGAAGUCGCUCGAAGUAAAGUCCCGCUGGCAAGCCUCAUCCCGACGCCGCGGCCCCGGCUCGCCUCGAACAACAAUGUCAAGAAGAAAAACUAGCAGCACGCCUCCUGUGUCGCCCCCCCCCCCCCCCCCCACUCGGUUUGAAAUGUUUUUAGGACAGUUUGAGACGUUGAAAUCAUCUUUUUGUUCUCUGACUGUAGAGGGUUCCUCGCUGCAGGAGCCGCCGUAGACCCAGAUGAAGCAGUGUGAUGUAUAUUAUUGUAAGUGGGCCGGUUAAGGUAUUUAUUGGUGGGCGGGGCCAUUAUUCUAUGACUGGGCGUCAUCCCAGGUGUGUGUUCACCUGUCAACAUGAAUGAUUCCAUUUUAUGUGAAUGUACGAGUGAAGCGCAUGACCACAGACCCUCCACCUGGUGUGUCCCUCCCCUCCUCCUUCCUGUCGGCUCCUGCUGUGGGCGGAGCCUCGAAGAGGAGGAGGAGGAGUCCAGACCAAAGUUUACAGCUUUACUUUUAGUGUUUCUCAGCCUCAGCGACUGACAAACAAAUAUGAAACUGCAGAUGACUGACAGCUGGCUUUCAGGGAAAAUCUUCCCCCAGAAUCACAAACUCACUGACUCGUUGAUUGGCUCCUCCUCCUCCAGCCAACCGCCACAAUUUAAUUUCUGUGUCGGGAGUUCUCUCUCUGACAGACUGGAGCGGUUUAGUUAGACUCCUCCUGCAGAACUACAGGAGUUUGUUUGAGCUGUCAGAAACUACAUUUCCCUGAAGCAGGAGGUUUCAUUGGACCACACUUGAUUCUUUUAUUUUGAAAGUAUCCGUUAGAAUCAUGACUUUCAGUAUUGACAUGUUUUCAUUUCAGUGUGUUGUAACUUGAAGAUGUUCAGAGUCCAUUAGGGACUACUUUUUGACCGACGCACGUUUAUCCUUCCACCACGGCCGCAGGAUCGUCUCCGAGUCCCUCAGUGAGCACGCGUCCUUACGUUUUCAAUACUCCGUUCUCCUGGUUAUUAUUUCAGUUAUACCACGGCAGACAUCUGUUGGUGUAAAACGUUUUGGUGAAGUGUCGGCGUGCAGCAGUGAAACGGGCUCGGCGCCUCUCGGUUGAUGCUCUGGAUGAUGUUCUCAAGGUUUCCAGAUUUUGCCAUGACGAUGAAGACGAUGAUUCCAUAAAGAUUUAAAUUCUUUCCUUCGAUACAUUCUGAGACCUGGAGAGGAUAUUUAAUAAGUUAUUUAACUCCAGGUCAUUCCUCCUUUCACCCUCCUCCUCCUCUUUAGGCUCCUCCCCUUCCUCUUUUCAAAGCACUGUAACUUUUUGUACGUCUUCACUGAAACGUUUGAUUCCAAUCACGGGACCCCCCUUUCUCUCUCUGUCUCUCGCCCCCCCCCCCCCCCUCUUCUCUCUCUCUUUCUGGGGGUCAAAGUUCAUCACUUUAUUUCUCUUUAGUCAUCAUUCCAUCCCCGUCGGGGUCACCACCGUGUGCUUUGUUUCUGUACAGCCUCACUGUCACAGGGCACGUUUGAAGAUAUAUAUAUACAUAUAUAAAUAUAACUUUUCUAGAACCUUUUUGUAGCUGGAGGGUGACGUGCAUCCACGUAACGGGUGGCGUGCAUCCACGUAACGGGUGGCGAGCCUCGGGAACGGGUUGCAAGCCUUAAGGUUACGGGUUGCGAGC